AUGGAUUAUUUAUCACGUAAUAUUCGUAAUCCUUGGGCACGCCAAGCCUACAUGCAUAUCAUGGAUGAUGAUCAAGAUAAAAAUUCAGAUCCUGAUCAUUGGUACGAUAUUGAUCUGGAAAAAAUCGAUUAUAACCUGCGACAUCUUUGUGUCAAAAGUACUAUGGAUCAAGAAACAAGACAAUUUAUUGAUAGUUGCUGUGAUGCAUCAAUCCUUAAAAAUAUUUUUGAUUCAAUUAGUUCUACAUUUUUACAUGCACUCUUUAGCCAGACAACAACGAAUGGCCUACUAGGUCGUGGAUCAAUGCAUAUUUUCGGCAGACAGCAGUUCUUAACGCUUGUUGGUAAAUCGGGAGACUGGAGGAUUCCGACGAUGCUUGAUCUAGGAGCCGGUGAUGGAAAUAUUACAUCGGUUAUGGCGGAAUUUGUCGAAAAAGUCUCUGUAACUGAGGUAUCGAAAUCUAUGAGAUGGCGACUUAAUCGGCGUGGAUACCAAUGUGUUGAUGCUUUCACAUGGCCAGAACUAUACCCUGGAAAAUUCGAUCUAAUUAGCUGUCUGAAUGUCUUAGACAGAACUGAUCGACCGUUAACCUUGUUAUCCAAUAUUAAGAAGUGUUUAAAGCCUGGCAAUGGCAUUUGUAUUAUUGCCGUAGUUGUGCCUGUUUCUUGCUAUGUUGAAUCAGGUUGGUUUGGCUCCAAUACACCGUCCGAAGAACUGAAUGUUAGCGACGAUAAUUUCGAAGAAUGUGUCAAUAGUCUAAUACAAAAUGUAUUCAAUCCGGCUGGAUUCACUGUUGUUAAUUUUACACGAUUACCCUAUUUAUGUCAAGGAGAUCUCUAUGAAAAUUAUUACGUUUUAAAUGAUAGUAUAUUUGUUCUUAAAAGUUCAAUUCCGGUGACGCAUAUCUAG